UCCUACUCCCAUCUGCUAUCGCCAACCAUGGGCUGCUCAUCGUGAGGUGGUCGAACCGCCCUAGAACGCCGCUACGCCGCUUCCUGCGCCGUCUAGAAGCUUUCAUUCGUUCGUAGCGCCAGUCUGCGGAUCUCGCGUGACGAUAAGCCAUGCCGCACCGCAUGUUUAUCCUCCGUACAUCGGAAUCGCAUUCUUGUCGUACGUAACCGCUGCUAUCUGUCCACCACAGCCUAUGGAGCUCCCACUGUUGAACGUUAUCAACUCACUCCUAGCCUCUCCGAGAAAAAUCAUCCCCCCGGUGCGAGAAUAAACAUCCCUGUGCGACAGUCCCACCCCACCCACUCUUCAGUAGGCACGCAACGCGUGGCCUAUUUCCGUAGCUAGCCCUGUUAUCAUCGCUCCGAAGAUCGUCUCUUCUCAGGCCGAACCCGCAAGCCUUCUUAUGAGUCACUAUCGCUCGCUCCUUCCUCCGAGCAGUCAAUCCGAUCAGGAAGCCUUCGGAACGCGGAAAAUGCGGAACUACAGUUGGACAAUGCGGACUCCCCGCCGUGCGUUGCGCGAUCUCGCGCCUCUCUCCACCCUUCGCGCCGUGGCUAUCACCUUUCUCGUUCUCUCCCCGUUUCUCUCUCCCCCAUCUGUCUGCCGCCCGUUCGACCUAGCCUCGUCGGAUCGUGAGAUCAUUCUCUGGAAGGGCCCGCAAUCCUCCGCCUCGCAUGCUGCGUUUUUCACGCAAGCGUCGUCCCGAGAAGUAUCCCGGAAAGCGCCGCCGCAGAGCUUCUUAGCACAUGCCGCACGAGCCGGCAGCAGCAGCAGCAGCAGGAAGAGACAUCGAGGGGUGGCUUCUUAUGGUGCUAACGUGGACUUAGCAGCCGAAGUGCAAGAAUCUAAAACUCCCGUGAGCGGCGGGAGCGGUGGGAUGGUCGGGGGGACAUCUGAGCUGGAGGCUAAGAGUGAUGUGAUUUUCAAACCUGUGUGGAAUGAUGACGUGGACAGUCUGAAGCGCCUGGAAGCUUCCACAAAGCUCCUGGGAUUCUUGCACGACAAGGCUAUACGGUCCCGAAUGCCUGUUAUGCACUCGGUGCUCUGGGAGACGCCAUGGCUGCCGGUUAGCCGUCAGGACUACUUCCGGCCUGACGGAAAGUACCUCUUCGUGACCGGCUCGCGGGAUUACUGCGCGGGGGUGAAGCACUUCCACCUCAGCCUGACGUGUCUGAUCGCUGAGGCGGCGUAUCUGAACCGUACGUUGAUCCUGGACAUGACUCAGUGCGUGAACGCGUGGCACAGCGGAGGCGGGCACCAUAUCAGAUCCAUCCACGUGUACUAUGAUUUGGACUCUCUCAGAGCCGUGCCGUUCACUCCCCUGCAGGGUUUCCUGAGGGGAGCGCGCGAGUGGCAGGUGCAGGAGAGGCAGGCGGGGCGGGAGGGAGCCGUCCCUGUGCGCCUGGUGGACUCAAAAGCGCCCAUGGGAGCGCUUGCCGCGGACAGGGACACAACUGUGGUGAUUCGCGAGACGAGCUUCGGAUUCAGCACGUGCAAGCGCCACAACCUCCCAUUGGCAGUGAACGAAACGACCAUUCGAUUCCGGCCAGAGCUGCUGGCCCUGGCGGCGAACAUCUCAGCGUCCAUUAAUGGAGGCGACUUCGACGCCGUGCACGUCAGGCGGGGCGACAAGCUCCGGGCGGAGUUCUGGCCGCACCUAGACCAUGACACGCGUCCCGAGAGUCUCCUCGAGAAGCUCCCCCGAUUCGUUGCACCUGGACGCACUUUGUACAUUGCGACGAAUGAGAAGACCCCCGGAUUCUUUGACCCAUUGAAGAAGGUCUACCCCAUCCGGAUGUUUCAAGACUUCCACUACCUAUGGGCUCCUGGCACGCCCUGGUUCGAUGGGUACAUGCGCCUUCUGGGACCGGACCCAAAAAUGGAUGCAUAUAUGGAGGUAAUUGUAGAGUACACGAUACUUCAAGGGGCAAAGAUUACAGUGGAGACGUUUAAUGACCUUACAGAGGAUGAUAGGGCUGGAAAUGUGUAAUGUUGUUUUUGCAUCUCGUGUAAUAAGCCGCAAUGCCUUUACUGGCAUCUAAAGAACUACGUCCUGCUAUGGAAUCAAAUGCUUGGAUGCUUCCAUGAUUUUUUUUUUCAGGGUUGCGACUGCACU